UCUUUGGCUCACAGCUUAUAAUCCCAUCCUCUACACAUAAUGGCUAGCGCAAUGGACAGAUCUCUUGACGAUAUCAUCGCUUCUAAACCAAGAAAGUCUUUCAACAGAAAGUUUGUUCCCAAAAAGAGCUCUGGAAGCAGAAUCACCAAAGCAAACCAUGCUUCCUCUUCCAAAUUGAAGACUUCCUUCAAUACUUCAAAGAAAGUGGCCCCGGUCAGUCUUCAAAGCAGUUUAUCCACUCUAGACGCCUCCUACGCUACAAAAUGUGUUGUAUAUGGAUUACCCAAAGAUAUCAAACAAGACUCAAUUAAGGAAUUCUUUCAAUCUCAAAUCGGUGCUGUUCAAACUGUUGCUCUAAGCUACAAUGAAAAGGGUCAAUCAAAAGGUAUUGCAACCAUUAUUUUCAAAAACUCUUCCUCCGCUCAAAAAGCUGUUGAAAAAUACAAUGGUGCUCCCUUAGAUAAUGGUGCUUCCAAAUUAAAAAUAGAAUUGAUUUUAGAUCCUUCAAAGAAACCUUUAUCUGCUAGAAUUCAACCAAAUGCUCCUACUAAACCUGCCUCAAAUAUCACCAAGAAAAAUCUCCCAUUAAAAAGUAAAAAUUCAAAUUCAAACUAUAAUGGGAACAACAACAAUAAUAAUAAUAACAAUAAAUUAAAAUCAAAAGGUAAACCAAGAACUAAAAAACCAAAGAAAACUCUUGAAGAUUUAGAUCAAGAAAUGACUGAUUAUUUCUCCACAAAAGAUUAAAUAGUCAAAAUAAAAAUCUUUACUGAUCAAUGAAAUUGAUUAAUUAUUUGUUUUUUCUUUCAUUAGAAAAUCGCAGAUAAUUAAUGUUAAUAUACUUUUGAUAAUAUUGUUGUUAUAUUAUUACUUUUACUGUUUUUCAUUUUGUUUUUUCUCUGAUUUUAAAUUCUAUCUUUUGUUUCCCUUUUUUAUUCUUUUUUUUAUUUUAUUCACUUUUGUUGUAUUUAAUUAAAAUGGAAAGAUUCAAUUAUAACUCAUCUCAACUAUUUCAAAUAUUGAAGAAAAUCACAUCGAUCUUUUCACAAUCAAAAAAAAGGGUUAAUCUUCUAUUAAUAUAUCAAAAGUUUUUUUAUGUGUAUAAUGAAUAAUAUAUCAUUUUUCCUUCGAAUUAUAUUACUUUAUAUCUCC